GUUUGUAUUAGGUCAGUACCAAAAGUGAAAGAAAAGGCAAUACACAGAAAUUAUUGCAGUAACAUCUUUAAAAAAAAGGAGCACCAUGAUUUAAAGCAGAUAACAAAGAUUAAUAAAUGCUGAAAUAUAGUGCAUUUGAUCAUGUACUGAAAGUUGUUCAUAUUAUCUCACUGUGCAUUAAUGUAACUGAUGCCCCCUUUGAUUUCAAACAUUAGGAAAUGCUUAAAUUAGGAAAUUAUUGUUAUUGCUGAAAAACAAACGUGAUUUCAUAAUUUCUUUCACCUUUACACUCUUUGUCAUGAAAUAUCAGCUUGCAGAAUCUAAACUGAUACUUGCGCUGGUUCCCUUUUUGUGGCCAGGUUGCCUAAAACACUUGUCUUGUUCUCCCAACCAGGAGAAGAGCGCAUAACCACAAUAUGACAUCAUGUUCAUCAGAUAUGACGUGCUGCUCUGAAAAUGAUAACAAAUAUUACAAGGAAAAACUGUUUACGCCUAUUUGUUUUCAUGUGGGUAUUCCACUCUUGUGCAACACUGUGCCAUGUACACUUGCACAUUAAGGUACUUUAACAAAGGCUACUGUAGGCUAUAAUUAAUAAAGUAGAAAAAAUAUCAAUGUGUUGUUUAAUGAUUCUAUAUUUGAUACGAUUAUAAGGUUUUACAUAAGGCUUGUAUUCAGCGAAAUUAUGAACAUACAAUUUUAGUGCAUUCAUUUUUUGCUGUGGAAAUUUUAAAGCUGUUUCUGCUAAAUGUGUACUGUAACUAAAAACAGGAAUGCGGCUAAAUAAAAAACUGGAUGAAAGUGAAUGGUGAUUUACGAAACAAAUAGGAUCAAGAUGAUCAAACAAACACUGUACAUGUUGCCAUAUACACUAUUUGGUAUAAAUCGAAACGUGCGUUAAUUCCCAUGUAUGCAAGCAGUGUGUCUUCAAAAGUCAUAAAUCAAUAUUUGUAACACCUCGGAAAUUACAAAACACAGGGGGAUCUUGUUUUAUUUUAGUUCGUGCUUGUAAAAGGAAACUCCCACAUCUCCAAAGAAUCGUGGGUUUAUAAAGGCACAAAUCCUAAUCCCGAGCAUUACAAUCCCAGCCUGGUGCAUCUGAACACAACAUGCAGCCCAAAUCCUGUAGCUUUUUGGUCGUCACUGUCCUGUGCUGUGCCCUGUGGCGAUGUGGCUUUGCUGGUCCGGUCGGAGCGCGUGAUUUGACAUUAAAACUCAAGGAAAAUACAUGCAACGAGUACGCACGAUCGCUGCUCCGGGUUGUAUCAGACGCACUCGCCAUGGACCAUCUCUUCAGCGGAUUUAAUUGUACACAGCAAAACGCAGAGGUGCACAUCAGGUCGAAAACGAUGUCUGCUUGCACACCACAAUCAGACUGCACUCACAGUCCUGUCCUGAAUAUUAAUGAGAAUAAAUGUCUACAGCGGAUCUUAGAAGAUCUCCAGUACUAUAGGGACACAUUUACAGUUUAUGCUAACACAGCUCUCAUCAAUACUGUAGGCAGAAGUAUUGAUGACAUCCUGCAGAACUGCUUUUCUGUCUCUGCAAUGGACAACUCUGCGCUCAAGGUGUCCAUGGAUCAUCAAAAAUCUUUUCAAGAACGAUUACAGCUGUGCAAAAUCCUAAAGGGUUUUCACCUUCGAGCCAUUACAAUAAAUCGAGUUUUCAGCUACAUUUUGGCAAAAUAAUAAGCAGCGCAUCCAAGUAUACCACAGCUAUGGCUUUAUUACCAAAAAGAUCAAUUAUUUAUUGCUAAGCUAUAUUAUUGUAUUUAAACAUUAUUUAUUAUGGUGUUUGUUAUUUAAUUUUCAUUUGUACACAGAUUUAUUUUAUUAAAGUUG